AUAUUCUCUCUCUUCGCUCCCCUCCGGAGGUUUAUUUCUCCUUUCAGUCAGCGGACACAACCCGGCACACCAUGUCUACCGACAGCGCCGCAGCACCGGAGUACUCCGCCUUCUUCGCCGUCAUGGGAGCCUCUUCGGCCAUGGUGUUCAGCGCAUUGGGGGCAGCCUAUGGAACGGCGAAGAGUGGCACAGGUAUUGCUGCCAUGUCUGUCAUGAGGCCUGAGCUGAUCAUGAAGUCCAUCAUUCCUGUUGUCAUGGCUGGUAUCAUAGCUAUCUAUGGACUGGUAGUGGCAGUGCUUAUUGCAAACUCUCUCACACCAGCAAUCUCAUUAUACAGGAGCUUCUUACAGCUAGGUGCCGGCCUCAGUGUAGGAUUAAGUGGUCUUGCCGCUGGGUUCGCCAUUGGCAUUGUUGGGGAUGCAGGUGUGCGGGGAACAGCACAACAGCCCCGACUAUUCGUAGGCAUGAUCCUGAUCCUCAUUUUCGCAGAAGUCUUGGGUCUGUACGGUCUGAUUGUGGCCCUUAUCCUCUCCACAAAAUAAAAAGAAGAAAUUUCUUCCCCACGUUCCAGAAAUCGCCACUUACAAAAAAAAAUGGUUUUAUCAUGUGUACAGUCAUCCUUCACCCACCCUGAUUCAGUAGAUUCUUUUCCCUCUCCCCUGUAACUGCGCAAUUGUAAGUUAGUGACUGUUGUGUGUAACCCUCUAGCUAUAUUCAUUGGGUGGACUUCAGGGCAAUAAGGAGUCCUGAUUCCAGUGUUGUGGGAAGGAAGCAGGCAUCACUUCCACAAAUCACAAGACUCCCUCUUCUGCGUGCAGUGUUUAUUUCUCUUCCCAUAUCUUCUGUGGAUGUUUCCUAACAAAAGUACCAUGUAAAAAUAUGAUCUAGAAUUGUAAUUUCCUUCUUGCCAUUCAAUGUUUUAUUUAUAAAUAUAAAAUCUUCAUUGUUCAUACUUUAAAACAA